UAAUUUUAAAAAUUUUGAAUUACAAGAUAUAUCAAUACAUUUAAAAAUUACAUCAUAUCAUAAUAGAGUGCAAGGAAGUACAAUCAAUAUAUCUGUUACAAAAGGUAAUCAGGUUAUUACAUCUUUAUUAGAACCUUUAAAAGUAAAAGCGUAUGUUAUAGAAAUAUAUGAUAUUGAUUUAGCAAAGAAACAAGCUGUAACUUUAGAUAAUAUUUUAGUAGAUUUUAAUCUUCAACAUAUUCAAUUUAGAAAAUCUAUAACAGUUCAUUUAGAAAAUGAAAUAAUGAUUGAUUGUUCAAGUUGUCAAUUUGAAUUUGAUGAGGUUAUAUUAUAUUUGGAUUUAAAUCAUUUACGUGUUUGUGUAUUGUCUGAAGAAGAUAAUCAAGCACGUGUAUUUGAUAAAGGAAAUUAUGUGAUAGUUACUGGUGAUUCAGGAAUUCCUGAGUUUUUUAGUGGUGAAUAUAUAGAAUUAGUAUAUUUACCAGAUUUAAGACAUGCUCCAACAUUAAAUGCUAUAAUGCAAUCUGUUCAAGAUUGUUGUGAAAAAUAA